AAGGUUACUGAAAUGAAAAAAAGCUUUUGUUUUGAUAGUCUAAAUAUGGUCGAUGAGGACUUUGGGUACCUUGAUUUUUAAAACCAAAUUGGGUUCCCUGUGUUUUAUGUCGAAGACUGAUCAAGAUGGCGGCUCAAGGUCAAGAAGAAGGUGAUUACGACAAACCACGCAAAAUACCUCGAACUCUAAAGGAGAAGGAUUCGGGUAAAAGACUCAUCGUAGUUAUAGAGAAAGCGUCAUUAGAAGCUGUGAAAAAUGGUAAGAACUUCGAACUGCUAAACUGCGACCACCAUAAAGGAAUAAUGAAGAAGAAUAAUAGAGACCCUGCAACAGCAAGACCAGACAUCACUCACCAAUGUCUGUUAAUGUUAUUAGACAGCCCGCUAAACAAGGCUGGCUUACUUCAAAUCUACAUCCACACAGAGAAGAAUGUAUUGAUUGAAAUCAAUCCUCAGACAAGGAUUCCCAGGACGUUUGAUAGAUUCUGUGGGCUCAUGGUUCAAUUAUUACAUAAACUUAGUAUCCAUGCAUCAGAUGGACCCCAAAAACUUCUAAAGGUCAUUAAAAAUCCUGUUACAGAUCACUUACCUACUGGUUGUCGUAAAAUUGGAACAUCUUUUCAUACUGAUAACCUGGUGAAAGUAAGAGACAUCGUACCUGCGGAUGAACCUAUAGCAAUAGUCAUUGGAGGAAUGGCUCAUGGAUCAAUUGAUCCUGAUUAUGUAGAAGAUACUAUUUCCAUCAGUCAAUACCCUUUAUCUGCUGCAUUGGCAUGUGCUAAAAUCUGUACAGCAUUUGAGGAAGUUUGGGGGGUUGUGUAAUAGUAAAARAUUAUUUUGUCGAAAUAAAUAAAGAACAAAAUAUAAAA